AUGAAGAAGUUGCACUUCUUCACUAGGCUUGGCCUCAAAGCAACCCAUUGCCCAGCCAUCAAGUUAGGAUCCAUCUCAAACCUUUGCAUCGCCAACAACCUCAUAUCAUUGUAUGCAAAAUGCUCAGAUUUAAGCUCUACUCACCAACUGUUCGACGAAAUGCCCCACAGAGAUACAGUGUCUUGGAACGCCAUAAUUUCUGCUUAUGUAAACUCUGGUCACCUGGGAACUACAUGGAAAAUCGUUAGUGCAAUGAGAUGGUCUGCACUUGCAUUUGACAACCACGCAUUAGGAAGCAUUCUCAAGGGUGUUGCCCUAGCUGGUGAGCUCAAACUUGGUCAACAGAUGCAUUCUGUCAUGCUCAAGACGGGUUUAGUAGAAAACAUGUUUUCUGGUAGUGCCCUCUUGGAUAUGUAUGCCAAGUGUGGGAGAAUUGACGAUGCAUACAUUGUUUUUAAGAGCAUGCCAGAGCGCAAUUAUGUGUCGUGGAAUACACUUGUUGCUGGCUAUUCACGAGUUGGUGUUCGUGACAUGGCAUUCCAGGUGCUACAUUGUAUGGAGCUUGAGGGUGUAGAAAUCGAUGAUGGCAUGGUGUCUCCACUUUUGACAUUGCUUGAUGAUGCUGAGUUUUUGUUUUCAGAGUGUUGUCCUUUACAAGAUGUUGAGAGAGUAUUUGAUGGUGCUCUUGCGUGUCAUGAUGUGGUUACAUGGAAUUCCAUGCUCGGUGCUUAUUUGAUGCACGAGAAAGAAGAUUUUGCAUUCAAAGUUUUCAUUGAUAUGCAAAAUUUUGGGUUUGAGCCAGAUGCUUAUACUUACGUCGGGAGUGUCAGUGCUUGUUCUGCACAAGAGCGUAAAAGCAAUGGAAAAUGUGUGCAUGGAUUUAAUGAUAUGGGAAUGGAAGAUGCAUUAAGAAUAUUCUUUUCAACGAAUCUCAAAGAUGGUUGCACUUGGAACUCCAUUUUGGCAGGAUAUGUGCAAGGUAGUUUGACUGAAGAUGCCUUGAGGAUAUUUCUACAAAUGAGAUCUCUGGUCAUAGAAAUUAACCAUUAUACCUUUUCGGCUGUCAUAAGAUCAUGCUCGGACCUAGCAACUCUACAGUUAGGUCAACAGGUUCAUGUCUUAGCAUUUAAAGUAGGACUUGUUACCAAUAAUUAUGUUGGGAGUUCGUUUAUAAUCAUGUAUUCUAAAUGUGGGAUAAUAGAAGAUGCUAGGAAAUCUUUUGAAGCAACUUCCAAAGACUAUGCGAUUGUUUGGAAUUCAGUCAUCUUUAGGUAUGCACAACAUGGACAAGGAAACCUUGCACUUGACCUCUUUUACUCAAUGAAUGAGAGAAAGGUGAAACCUGAUCAUAUAACCUUUGUUGCAGUUCUAACUGCGUGCAGUCAUAAUGGGCUAGUAGAAGAAGGCUGCAACAUUAUAGAGUCUAUGGAGUCUGAUUUUGGAAUUCCACAGCCAAAGGAGCACUAUGCUUGUGCAAUUGAUCUUUAUGGUCGGGCAGGACAACUUGAGAAGGCAAAAGCUUUGGUUGAAACGAUGCCUUUUGAAGCUGUUAGAGAACUAACAAAGACAUUUUUAUUCAUUCAUAAAAGAGAGUGA